AUGGACAUCUCGUCUCAAGUCAAAGUACCAGUCGACAGAACGACGAUUCGUAACUGGCUUGAUACCAGGGACGGAAUCUACUUCUCCCUAACUGUGGACGAGAUCUUGGAACAUGGUGAUCCUAGUGCAUAUGAGAUAGUUCUCAAGAGAAAACUUGAGAAAGCACCAAAGGCAAUCUGCGACACAAUUUUGGGUCCAGAUAGGAACCGGGUGCUGGCAAACAUCGCGGACUUGCGAGCGAAGAAAGGUUUAAAUCUAGAAGACCUCACGCUACAGCUUUUUGUUGAUUCCUAUCGUCACUAA